AUGCUUCGAAGACACGAUCGCCGACGCUUUGUGACACCUAGUCCCCGCUUUUGGAAGGUUCGGAUAAUAGAACCUGGGAUGGCCCGAGGCGGGAGGAAGCCGUCUCACUCUGCUGUCUGGCUGGAGAACGUUGUUACUGAACCCCAUUCAUUCAAUGUCGACACGCUUCGUCCUCCCAGCUGAUCCAUGCCUUUCCAAUAUAAUUCUCCCCAGCACUUUUACAAGCAAAUCUCCAUUUAAAUGGAAAAUUAUU